AUGGCCGAGGAACUUAAUUUAGGAGCAAUCGACGUCAAGGAAGACUCGAAGCUAGUCACAAACAAAAUAUCGGGUGAUUUCCAGGUAAAAGAGGCGCAUUUGGAACCAUACCGAGCGGAAGCCCAGGAAUUAAUAGCGAGAAGAGGAAGCACCGUCAUUGAGCAUACUAUAAAAUCCAUUAAUAAGCAUGCAGACGCGUUGGCUACCUUAGCGGCCAAGAUACAAUUAAACGAAGCCGACGAAGGCACCAUGGUGGUAAAGAGAAGCGCAUUACCCAGCACACGAAAAGAAGACGCAUCAUUCGAAUUAAAGGAUGAUUGGAGAACAACAUACAUCGAGGAUCUGACUAGAGAGGCGGACGAUCAAUUACUUCCCGUUAAAGUGUUGAAACAAUUUUUUGUAGUCCGAGGAGCGUUAUACUUUCGAAAAUCCGGAGGUGCUCUAUCACGAUGUGUAGGGAAGCUAGAAGCGCAGGAAAUACUGAAUCGCGUCCAUGAAGAGUCAUGUGGACAAACUGAAGGAAUCCCGUUGUAUCGUUGGCUGCAGAGGAUGGGCGUAUACUGGCCAAACAUGGAAGUCCAAGCAGCAGUAGUCCAAGAUAAAUGUGACGAUUGUCAAGCGCCCUCACAACAGACGGAAAUAUGUAGUGUGGAGAUAGAGGACUGGAGAUGGGGACUUGAUAUUAUUGGGCCAAUAAAACCAACUUCAUCCGGGCAUCACAAGUACAUCAUCACUGCGACUGAAUAUUCUUCUAAAUGGGUUGAAGUUAUUCCUCUCCGGGACUACUCAGGCACCGGGAAUGCUGCGUUCAUCAAAGAACACAUCAUAGGUCGAUUCGGUGCACCUAUGAUUAUACGCUCGGAUAAUGGUACCUCUUUCGUUAAUCAAACUGUCAUAGAUUUGUUGGACCAGUAUGGCAUCAAGUUCCACACCUCGACUGUCUAUUACCCUCAGGGGAACGGACAAGCAGAGGCAACCAACAAAACACUGUUAAGAAUACUAAGCCGCAUGGUACAUGAUCAUCAUAGGAGCUGGCAUGAGCAACUACCUCUUGCGCUCUGGGCAUACCGCAUUUCCAAGAGAAGUUCAACUGGUGCCUCCCCUUACUCUCUGGUGUAUGGAGAAUAUGCAACACUGCGAGCAGAAAUUGCAAUACCUUUCGCACGCGUGGCUGUGUCCAGCCUCACUAUCCCGGAUGAGCGUGAUGAAAAGGCAGGAAAAUUUGCUGCAAAUUGGCAAGGUCCUUAUAUGAUUAGCGAAGCAGCGGAAAGCGGGUAUUACAAUUUGAAGCGGAUGAAUAGCUCACGCAUCAAUACUCCUAUCAAUGGUAAAUGGCUUAAAAUUUAUUACACUUAA